AUGCACGAUUUCGCAGAUGGCAAGAUACUCCAGAAGAAACUGCUAAUUUUGCUGCGCGUUGGAAUGACCGGUACCACAAGCCGUCCUGAGCACAAGCAGGGACUUGGUGUAGCUGUCCUCGACAAUUUGCUCUACGCCGUUGGUGGCUCUUAUGGAGAUACGGGAUUGAACAGGGUUGAGAGAUUCAAUCCCGCUACUGAAGGAUGGUCGAAUAUAACACCAUUGUUGCACAACCGGUCUGCACUUGGCGUUGCUACGCUUGAAGGCUUCAUUUAUGCAAUGGGCGGAUGCCACGAUGGAAUAGUUCUGGGUAGUGUUGAACGAUAUGAUCCUCGCCAAAACCAGUGGACCAGUGUAACACCUAUGGGUACAAGACGCCAUGCACACUCUGUCUCUGUGCUCGAUGGCUGUUUAUACGCCGUUGGGGGAUGGCUUUCAUCACCAUUGAAUACCGCGGAGAGAUUUGACCCACGAGUUGGCAUAUGGGAGCAAAUCUGUCCAAUGGCAACAGUUCGAAGCUUUUUCGGGUCUGCAGUGUUCGGUGGACACUUGUAUGUAGCAGGAGGAUGUGAUGGAUCAGUAUAUUUGAGUUCUGCUAAUAAAUAUGACCCCCGCAUGAACGGGUGGAUUUCAGUGGCUGACAUGAACGAAAAACGAUCCGGCGUAGCGCUGGCUGUUGUCAACGGAAAGCUAUACGCUGUCGGUGGGUGUAAUGGUGCUGCCAACUUGGAUACCGUGGAAGUUUUUGAUCCUGCGGCAAACCGGUGGAUAAUUCAUAGCCGCAUGAAUGGA